AUUAACUCAUGAAAACAUUUGUUUGUCAAUGGUGGAAAAUAUUUAAUUUGUGAUUAGAAGUUAUUUUUUCCGAUUUUAAUUAAUAUAUAUUCAGCAGCAGGAAAAUAUGUAACUCAAGGUGUUCAGUUGCAAAUAUAUACAAAUAAAAUAAAAAACAUCAUGUCAAGAGAUAUCGACCAAGAAGUGUCUGACACUUUAAGUACCCUAUUGAAUUUUGAUGAAGAUAAUUUUCUAAGUCAAGACGAGGUUGAAGAGAAUUUAAGAAAUUGUCUAAGCAAUGAUCACGUUGGAGAUAUUUGUGGUCAUGAUGAUGACAAAGGGAAUCACAAUUAUGAUGAUCCAUCAGGGGCUGGUGUGAAUAAUCAUCUGAAUGAUACUAACAGCAAUUCCUUAAUAAAACAAGUGAUACAAGAAGGGCAUAGAGAGGAAGAUGUGGCACAUCACUUUGCUAAAACUGAACGCGAGGAAGUCUCCGACAACUGCGAUAAAUUAGAUAGUAUUAUUGAAAAUGCAAUUGGCAUCAAUGUGGGAACAACGUUGCAAGCAUUGAACGCAGAGGAUGUUGUCACUGGCGAAAUAAGUACAUUAAAAGAAACUACCGCUUUUAAAACUAAAUCAGGAUCUGUUACCAUAAAUAAACUAGAACCAUUAAAAGACCAAUCUCCUGACUUAGCAUUUGAAAAGUCUACAACACAAACCACUGUAAAGAUGGAAUUUACUUGUGAGUCCGAACAAAUUUUUGAAGAAGAUAUGGGUGAUUAUUAUAUUGAACAUGACGCCAAAAGCGAUGUCAACUUCAACUGUGGCUCACCACAGGUACAAAUGGGAUGUGAAAAUGAAGCAAUCGAUAGAAAUGGGAGUAGGUCAAUAAAUAACACUGGGGUAACACAAGAGAAAACGCAGGACUCGUCCCUCUCCGUUGAUAAGGAAAAUAACAUCGGCCCUAUAAAUGAUGAAGCCGACAUUUCUUGCAUAAUGAACGACCAUAAUUACACUUUUCAAGAGCGAAUUACUGAUGGCGACGGCUUACGUAAGCUGCUUCUCACACAUAUUUUAAGUAAAACUAAUAGCUCCACAGCCGGCAAUUUAGUUACCGACUUUGUAGAUAGAACUUUAGAAAGCAUAGACGCGUUUAGUAUAGGAAUCGACCAUAAAAAAACAUCUGAUCGCGACACAAUUAACUUAAUUGAUAUUUUUUCUGAUGAGAAUACAUCUGGAAAAGCCGUAUUUGAUAAGAGUUUGAAAAACUUUUCAAGUAGUUGUUCUGGAGAUGAAAACAAAUCAACAAAUGCCCUACCUAUAUUGGUGCAAAAUGGCAUUGAAAGUACAACUAUGAAUAUAUCAUCUAUAUCUUCAACACAUGAAAUUUUAUCGGAACCCUUAGAGCAUGCUAUCGAUGAUAAUUUUUUAGAGAAAUUAAAAGACAGCGGAGAACCAAAUUCUGAAGGUAAAAGUUCAAUAGAUUCGUCUCAUAUAAAUACUCCACAAAGCUCGUUAAAAGAUAAAAAUGUUAAAAUUUCUGAACAUAAUAUUGAUGACGAAUUAGAAAAUAUUUUAAUGGAUGUUACAAAUGAGGAAAAUUGCCAAUUAACGUUGGAGAAGGCCAAAAGCGAAAAUAAUCUAUCAAUUUCAGAGCACACUUCACUGGAUUCUGAUGUUCCUAAAACUGAAAAAUUUACUGUCUUUUGUAAAAAGCUUUGCAAAAUGGACAUAGAAAAUUCUGAAGAAACUCAAAAAAGUGAAGAACUUGACACCACCGAGGAAUUCCUGCAUGAGGAAAAGAUUACAAAUAAUUCAAAUGCUGUUGACUGUGUAAUUGAAACUUUGGAACCAAAAAAUUUGAAUGUAUUGCAAGAAAUGGGAGUUGACGGAAAGGAUAAUAGCGAUUUCAAAACUAUGAAUAUUUUGUCUGUACCUUCACCAUUGGAAAAUUGUUCAGAGCCCAUGGAGCAUUCAACAUUCGACGAAGCUUUUGAUAUAAAUUGUAAUGAAAAACUGACAGUGAUUCAUCAUUUAGAGGCACUUAGAACAUUUGCAAAAUCUUUACAAAAUGAUUGCGAAACAUUUAAUUCCUCAACAACUACAAUCGAAAGUAAACUACAAAAAUAUCUUCAAGAAAAAUUUGAAAUAUUUAAAAAAAUAGUCAAAACGUCUUCUGCAUUGCGAAGCGGAGAAAAAUCCAUUCAAACUGAUACUAGGCUGUCAAGACACAAAUUGCGAAAACUCAAUCAAAAUAAUAAGAAUAUUUUGUUAGAACCUGAUUCAAGUAGUUACAGUGAUGACAGCCAUUCUGAGUCUUUAACAAAAUAUCAAGGUUAUAGAGCUCGAACAAAAAGUUUCUCAAGGAGAUCGAAAGUAGAUGCGGCAACAGAAAUAUUUUAUGGUAACAAGAAAGAAAGUAUAGCGGCGGAAUACGAUGAUGGGGUACCUCUAGUAGAGUAUACACAAUCAGAAAUAUUUGAAACCGAAACGUUUUGUAGCGAGUCUUUCUCUAAUAUAAGAAAUGGAAAGAAGAAAGAUAAUUUUGAUGACAGCACAGAAAGUGGUGAAAAUGGUACUUGGCAACGUAAGAAGGGAAAUGCUGGUAACAAUUCCCCUAGGAAUGAAACGUCUCCAAAUGAAAGUGACAAAGAAAAUUCAGCUGGUAAACCUAUGAGCUGUACUAAAAAUUCUCAGAAUGAUGACAAAGAGAUUGAGAGAUUGAUAAAUUUGAACGGGUUGAUAAAGCGAACAAGUGUUGGAGCACCGAAAUCAGCUGAUUUAAAUGAAAAAGUUAAAACAAAAUCCUCCAUUAGCAAAAGCAAGGACAUAGCAGAAAUUUAUAGUGAUGACGAAAUUCAACAAGAAACAUUUUCAGACAUGACCAUAAGUGAAAGUGAGGAAGAGAUCAUUACAGAAAAACAAUUUUUGGAACGCUGCAAUGAGAAUGUGAAAAAACAAUUGCUAAGUGACACGGAUAGCGAUAUGUCCGAUUCAGGCGCUAGUGAUAACAUAGAGGAGAUUUUCUCUAGCAAUGAAGGAAGCGAAUCGCCAUUACUUGAAAGAUUUCUUAAGAAAUUUAAUGUCGAUGAAAGUGAUGAAGAGACUGAAAAAUAUGAUGAAUUGAAUAAUGAUACUUCUAUAAAAGAACAGGAGGCCUCUGAUGCCAAAAAUACAUCACUUGAUAAAAAUAAAGCCAAUUCAUCUGAGAAUUCCGAUUGUGAAGUACUUGAUAUGGAUAUUGUUUCCGCAACACAAAAGCAAAUUAAACCCAAAUCCUUAGAAAAAAUGUUAUCUGUUGUUGAAAAAAGAAAGAAGAUGAAUAGACUCUGUGAUUCUAUAAGCCUUAGUUCGGAAAGUGAAUCAUCAGAUGUGGAAGCAGUAGAUGAAAGUAAAUCACGCAUUAAGCCAAUGCUUAGACCUGAACAACUGGCAACCGUAACACGUGAAGCUCAGCGCAAUGAAACUGAACGUAUACGACGUUUAGAGAAAAAACAUAAAGUGUUGACAAAGUUACUAAAAGAGCGACCCGAUGUACAGGACGAUAAUCACUUAAUCUUAGAUUACAAUGAAGAAACCAAAACCUUUAUAAAAGUUCAUCCGGAUAUAGCAAAACAUUUGAAACAACAUCAACGUGACGGCGUGAAAUUUAUGUACGACUCCUGUUAUGGCGGUGUUGAGGCGCUCAAAAAGAGUUCUGGUUCGGGUUGUAUUUUAGCGCAUUGCAUGGGCCUGGGUAAAACUUUGCAGCUUAUAGCAUUGCUCCAUACGGUUAUUUCAUACAAAGAAUUGAAGACAUCGAAAGUGCUUGUGUUAUGUCCCAAAAGUACAGUCAUGAAUUGGGCGGAUGAAAUUGAUCGCUGGUUGGGACCACUUAAACCCAAGUAUUAUACAUUUCAUGAUACCUCUGACAUCAACGAUAAAAUACAAAUACUUAAAGAUUGGUCAAUGGCAUCACCUAAUGCCGCUGGAAUUUUAUUAAUUGGUUAUGAGGCAUUUCGAACAUUGGUAUUUUAUCAUUCGUAUAAAAAUCGGAGUAUCGCUCAGUCACGAUUGGAAAACAUUCGAAAUGAUGUUGAUAAAUAUUUAUUAAGUCCAGGUGCCGACUUAGUGGUGUGCGAUGAAGGUCAUAUUAUUAAAAACAGUAAAUCUGCCAUCAGUCUGGCAGUGUCACAAAUUAAAACACAAAAACGUAUUGUUUUAACUGGCACACCCAUACAAAACAACUUAAAAGAAUAUUAUAGUAUGGUGAAUUUCAUAAAACCACUAUUUCUGGGAACGGAAAAAGAAUUUGCUAAUCUGUAUGCGAAUCCUAUUAAAAAUGGGCAACACAAAGAUUCUAGUAAAAGGGAUAUACAAGUAAUGAAGCAACGAUCAUUUGUACUUCAUAAGAAGCUUUCCAAGUUCGUCCAGAGGAAAGAAGCCGAGUUGCUGAAAACAUUUUUGCCGCAAAAAUACGAAUAUGUACUAUUUGUUCCAAUGACAAAGGUUCAGGCUAUUCUUUAUGAACAUAUAUUGGCUAUAAUAUCGAAGAAAGAGGAUAGAGGCAAAGGCUUAAUUACAGAUUACACCUGCUUACGAAAGAUUUGGACUCAUCCCAAAGUAUUGGAAGACGCUUGGAAAAACGCAAUGGCUCAAAAGCACAGAAAAGAUCCAAAAGCGUGUAAAAAUCAAGCAGUUAAUUCAGAUGACGAUCAACCCGAUGAUGUCUAUGACAGCCAAACCGGUGUGAUAUCGGUUACCAACGACUGGUGGCGAAGCUUACUUACAGAAAAAGAUUUGGAAACCAUUUUGCCUAGCAAUAAGCUGCGCACAAUGUUUGAAAUAUUAAGAAUGUGUGAAGAAAAGGGGGAAAAAUGUUUAAUCUUCUCCGCAUUUGUCGCUGUAUUAAAUGUUGUGGAAUAUUUUUUUAAAAAGAUGAACGACAAGGAUCCAGAUACACUAAAAGAAUUAAAAAUGUCACAAGGCUAUCAAGUCAAAAAUACCUGGAUACUCGGAAAAGAUUACUAUCGUUUAGAUGGAAAGACACCGAAACUCAUACGUCAUGAAAUGAUAGAACAAUUUAAUUCGAUAUCAAAUAAACGUGCACGUGUUUUCUUAAUAUCCUCCAGAGCAGGCGGUCAAGGUAUUAAUUUAACUGGCGCCAAUAGGGUUAUAAUACUCGAUACGUCAUGGAAUCCAUCCAACGAUCAGCAAAAUAUCUUUCGUGUAUUUCGUUUGGGCCAAAAGAAAAAUUGUUACAUUUAUAGAUUACUUGCAAUGGGAACAAUGGAAGAAAAAGUAUACUCACGUUCAGUGACUAAGCAAGCUAUGAGUUUCAGAGUGGUUGAUGAACAACAAAUUGAUCGGCAUUAUAGCAUGGCGGAGUUAACUGAAUUAUACAGUUUAACAAUGCCAGAUUAUGAAAACAGACCAAUGCCGGAUUGUCCACAGGAUACUAUAUUAGCGAGCUUGCUAUUAAAUUAUCCCAAUCUGGUGUAUAAAUACCAUGAGCAUGAUAGUUUACUUGAAAAUAAAGUGGAACAGGAAUUAAGUGAGCAAGAAAAACAAGACGCUUGGGCAGCAUAUGAACGGGAUCAGCAGUUAAAUUCUGAAACUCGUGAGCUACCUAAUCCGGAUGACCUGCAGAGUAACCUUACAACACCUAAAUUCCCUUCGUACAUGAGUUCUUUACCUGCUUUUAAUCAAAUGUCAGCGCUUUUCAAUUACGGAAAUUAUUCAUCUGCAGCGCUCUCCACAUACUUGCCCUAUCUUUCCCAUUUGGGAAAUUAUGCUACCAAUCCGCAAUAUUUAGAAAUGCGUAAGAGAAUUGCGGAGGGUGCAUUUGCCUAUCCAGAUAUCAGCACAUCUCUAGGCGCUGCAUCAUUUGGUGCGCCAUUUGGUCAAAAUCCACCGAAAUCAAUGCCCAGCAAUCCGCUUAUGCCGGACUUGCCAAUACAUAGCAAUCCAUUGCAGACAAAUCCGCUAAGUGCACUCGGCGAUUUGAGUAUGUUCGGAUUGGGAAAUGUCAACAAUCAUAUGGCACAUAAUGUAAAUGCAACAACCUUGCCACAAAGACAACAUAACUCUCCGCCGUUUGUGUCAACGUCGCCAGCAACAGCAAACAGCUUGCAGCCUAAUUAUGAUUAUCAAAUGUAUGAAAAUAGUUUGAAGAGUCUUGUUAAUUAUAGGCAUGACUUUUCUGGAAAUGGCAAUAAAUCUAAAAGUUCUACCAACGCCGCUGUAAAUCAAUUUCGGAAUCCACUUUUUCCCUCGCCCACCAAUCUGAGUUUCGAUAAAAAUACGCUCACGUCGUUAAGCAGUCACAGUCCAUCGCCGAAAGCUAUGGAACAUCCCACAUCGAAAUCACAAGCAGAUAAAACAUCAGCAAAUCAGCAAUCUUCUCCAGACAUAUCUUUACCCUUAAAUGCCAGCACUAGAAACGAAACGACGAGUAUGAACAAAAAUAAUUUUUCGGCAGCAAACACAAGUAGCGCACGAAAUUCACCGCUGCCACAAGCUACCGCCACCAAACGAAGUUUCCCAAGCGAAGUUUCGCUAUCGAAUACAAUGAAUCCCAUCGAGGGUCGCCUAACACCAAAUCAAAAGUCCGCUAAAGAUGCACUACAAAGUAGCAUGGCGAGUUUUCAAUCAUAUAAAAACAAUAUUAAUGCAUCAAGCAGUAGCGGCAUGUUUACAAAUAAAAAUACAGUUGCUAAAAUAUCAACUGACACCAUUAAAACCAAUUCCGAAAUGCAAAUUAUACCAACAACCAGCUCACCGGGCUCAUUGAAUGUCACAAAGCAAUUUGGCGAUAUAUCACCAAGUAUUUCACUAACUGCUGUUACGAACGUCAACACCGGCAGUAACAUUAAAAAAACUCCUUUUAAUCAAUCAAAAACUCAAAUAAAAAAUCCCGCCAUUAAUAAAGCCACCACAAAUAGUAAUAAUAAUAUUACCACAGAAUUGGCUGCGUCUUCGAAACCUUUUUCAGCGGCAGGUACAUUUUUCGAAAGCAGUAAAAAAACGGCAACGGCAACUCACACCGCUUCAAAGCCAGCGCUUACAAUGACAAAAACCAAGCGCGCAACCCCUGAUUCGAUUUUGAAAUCAGCUCCAUCUGUAUCUGCACAAAAUGUGUAUCAAAAAAAUGCCACCGACAUUGCACCUAAAUUAUUAACUUCUUCAGUUAACACAAAAAAUAAGAAUAUUCUUCAAAGAAAACAACCUGAGAAUAUGACAAUGCAACAAUUAAAAUCUCCAGCACCGACAUCUCUAGCCACAUCGCUUGCAACGGGUAAAAAUCUUAAUGGAACACCAAAAGCAACUGUAGCAGCUAAACCGUCACAAUCAUUGCAAAGUGAUGCAAGAAAAUCUGUAUUAUCUAUGGAGAAGAGAUUACCCACCAUCAUUUCUACAACUCAAUCUGCCUCUGGAAUUCAAAUACAUAAAGCACCAUCGGCUUCGGGCACACUCAAAAUACAACCCACUUCUUCCAAACAAUCGGCAGCAUCAUCGUCCUCAUCAGCGGCGGUGAAUGAUAACAAAUCUAUUCUUGAGAGUUGCAUUAAUCAAAAGAAGUUUGUUAUUGGUGCAAAUACCAAAGGCGGGGGAGGAACAACAGUGACCAGAGUGCAGCAACAAGGAAAACGGAAAAUGUCCGAUAUUAUAUCCAAAGGAAUCAGUUCGAUGGAGGCGAAACGUUCAAAAUUGCAAUAGAUGUGAAUAUUUUAUUAGGUUAAAAUAAAAUUGUAACAUAAGUAUUUAUUUUAUUAGUUUAGUAAUGAAUUUUUUUAUUGAAAAAAUAUAUGUUAAGUUACUAUAUCUGCUAGUAAUAAUUCAAUUGAAUGCAAUUGAUUUUUAUCACAUAAAAUAGCUGAGUUUAUUUUAUUAAUAUUUAAUUACUUAAGAAUACUCUUAAAACUAAAUUAACCUGAAUGUAUUGUUAAUCUAAAAAUGAGUAAAUAUCCAUAUACCAUACAUA